AUGAACCAAGAGGAAAAAGACGAAGAGCUCAAGGAGCUGAAACCCGCCGAAAAUAAGGGUUUGUACUUGAAGAUUUGUUCUCGUCUUAUGACUGUACUUUUCAGCCGAGGCGCCUAUGCCCACUGAACAAUUCCUAAAAGAAUGCAAAAACGAAAUGGGAAUCUGUAAGUAGUCACUUCAACACGCCUUCACAGAAUUGGAACCAAUUUCAGCAGAAAAUAUGAAUCCCCAAUCUGACGAAAGUCUCGAGGAGAUUCUAAGACAGAUCGAUUGGCUGCGUCAACUCAACGCGCCGGAAAGAGAAAUGGAGGCAAGGUUGGAAAAGGAAAGAAAGGAAGUUGCGGAGCUGGAGAAACUGAAAAUGGAGCGCGACGCAGAGAUGGCGAUGGAAAAGGAAAAACUUCUCGCCGAGCUCGCCGCUAUUCAACGUGAGUAGUGGAAGCUUCUUUUCCUCACUCAACUGGAACACUUUCAGAAUAUGGAAAGUACCUGGAAAGUUUGUUGCCGCAUCCGGUGCCUCAACAACCAACCACGAGUUCCGAACCGUCGCCGUCCGGAGAGGAUCAGGAUGCGGGACAACAAUAA